AUGAGUGUCAGAAAAAAAUCGAGUGGAUGUGAAUAUGGAAAAAUAGCUGCAAGAAAAGAAGAGAAGUAUAAAGAAAUAAUCGCUAAAACACCGAAAAUAGACAAACUGUUUAAAACUAACACUCACAAGAACGAUAAUAACGAAGAUGAUUCUAACAAUGGUGCCAGCAGUAUGUUGCAGUGUAAAAAUAUUUGUGACGAAGCAAUGGAGAUAGAAGAAAUUCGAUCAAUUGACGACACAGACAAGGUGCUGCACGAUCAGCAUAUAAUUCGUGAACCAUGUGAUUCAGUCAGUGUGAGUAGUGAUCCGGUUCUGUGGGUAAUAAAUGACGCAACCAUAGAUCAUAUCGUGACAAAUGGUUUUACUCAAAAUAUGAAUAGUGAUUUUAAAAAAAGUAAGCGCGAGUAUGCAACAGGGCCACGUUAUUUUUCGAAAGCUGAUUUCGAAACAACUCUACCCAACGGCGAAAAUGUGCAUCGUAAGUGGCUAAUAUACUCAGAAAGUACUGGGAAAGUAUUUUGUGGGCCGUGUGUGCUGCUUGAUAGAACAUCAACUCAAUUUGGAUCACAGAAACAAGGUUUCGACGACUGGAAAAAUAAAGUGAGAAUUGGUCAGCACGAAAAUAGUCAGUCUCAUAAAAAUGCCUUAAUAGCUAUGAAACUACGAGGAAAUAAAACGAAUCGAGUUGACGCAAAAUUAUUGGAGAAAAUCGAAGACGAAAGUACUUAUUGGCGUAGUGUACUUCAGAGAAUCGUGAAUGUGAUUAAAGCUCUUUCAUCUCGAGGCCUAUCACUCAGAGGUCAUGUAGAGCAAUUUGGAAAUCCUCAUAAUGGGAACUACAUGAUGUCCCUCGAAUUAAUUGCGAUAUACGAUGAUUUUUUAGCUACGCACAUUUCUGAAUAUGGAAAUCCGGGUAAAGGAGGCACGAGAUAUCUAUCCUCGACCAUAUGUGACGAAUUUGUACAAAUUAUUGCUGAUGAAGUUUCAAAAACUAUAGUUACAGAAGUUAAGGCUUCAAAAUAUUAUUCGAUAAUUGUUGAUUUUACACCAGAUUUGUCACACGUAGAUCAACUCACAUUUAUUUUGCGAUAUGUGGAUUCAAGUGGCUCCCCAGUAGAAAGAUUUUUGACAUUUUUACCUAAUGUUGGUCAUAAAGGCAUAGAUGUAGCAAAUGCUAUUAUGAAAACAUUAGAGGAACUACAAAUUGAUAUCAAAAAUUGUCGUGGUCAAUCUUAUGAUCACGCUGCGAAUAUGUCUGGAAUAAACAAAGGCGGUCAAGCGGAAAUAAGAAAAAAGUGUCCUCACGCUCAAAUAAACAAUGAUGAGAUUCAAGUAAAAGCUAAUCAUUUAAUAGAAAAUUAUCCUGACGAUUUAGAUUUAAAUUUUGUGAAGGAAUGCAUUCAUUUAAAAGCACAAUGUAGUGCUAAUGAAAUAUCUAAACAAAAAUUUACACCGACCGAGCUGUUAAAUCAAGCAAGCAACGAAGCUGAACAUUACGCCUGGGAUCAAAUUAUAAAGACGAUCACAGGUCCAAUGGUAACGUCUCUUGUCGUACCGGAUCUGAUGCAGAAGGGUUGGGAGUGGAGUGGCUACAACACCAGAUGGAAUUCUAAAACAUGCUCUUGA